AUGGAGCAAUUCGGCAGAACGCGAGCUUGUACGAAGGAGUCGCAAGAAGACGCGCGGCCGAACAACGCGGUGGAGCUUGGGUGGGUCGUGUACUCGCUUGCGGGACCUUUUGCUUGUCAAAGCGCGGAAGGAGUGAUGGUCUCCGCAAGUUGA